AUGGAGUUUGCUGCUGGAGCCAUCGGAGGCGUCUGCGGUGUUGCUGUGGGCUACCCCCUGGACACGGUGAAGGUCAGGAUCCAGACAGAGCCCAAGUACACGGGCAUCUGGCACUGCAUCCGGGACACGUAUCGCCGAGAGCGGGUGUGGGGCUUCUACAGGGGCCUCUCGCUGCCCGUGUGCACCGUGUCCCUGGUGUCGUCCGUGUCCUUCGGCACCUAUCGCCACUGCCUUGCACACGUCUGCCGGUUCCGCUAUGGCAGCGCCGACGCCAAGCCUGCCAAGACGGACAUCACGCUCUCUGGAUUCGCCUCCGGCCUCGUCCGCGUGUUCCUGACCUCGCCCACCGAGGUGGCCAAGGUCCGCCUGCAGACGCAGACGCAGACGCAGACGCAGACGCAGACGCAGACGCAGACGCAGCAGCGGCGCCCCUCGGCCUCGGGGCCCUCGGCUGCGCCCCCCACGUGCCCUGCGCCCGCUGUGGAUCGGGCGCCGGGGCCCAAGUACCGCGGGCCGCUGCACUGCCUGGCCUCGGUGGCCCGGGAGGAGGGGCUGCGCGGCCUCUACAAGGGCAGCUCGGCCCUGCUUUUCCGGGACGGUCACUCCUUUGCCACCUACUUCCUCUCGUACGCCGUCCUCUGUGAGCAGCUGACUCCCGCUGGCCGCAGCCGGCCAGACGUCUUGGGCGUGCUGGUGGCCGGUGGCUGUGCAGGGGUGCUGGCCUGGGCCGUGGCCACCCCUAUGGACGUGAUCAAGUCGCGCCUGCAGGCGGAUGGGCAGGGCCAGCGCCGCUACCGGGGCCUCCUGCACUGCGUGGUGACCAGCGUUCGGGAGGAGGGGCCGAGGGUGCUCUUCAAGGGGCUGUCGCUCAACUGCUGCCGCGCCUUCCCCGUCAACAUGGUGGUCUUUGUCACCUACGAGGCCGUGCUGAGGCUCAUGCAGGGCCUGCUCUCAUAG